AUGUCUUCCUACAGACAAAUGAUCAGCUUCCGCAGCCUUGCUCCCUGCAAAGUGACCUGCCCGCAGCCAAUUGUGAAUGCCUGGAGCCAGCCCUGUGUUACAUCCUGUGGUGAUUCAAGAGCUGUGAUCCACCCACCACCCGUGGUCAUGACCUUCCCAGGACCCAUUCUCAGCUCCUGCCCUCAGGAGAGCAUAGUGAGCAGCUCAGCACCAUCCAGCACUGGAAGCUUGUUUGGAUCCAUGAGCUCUCUGGGUCUCAGUGGCUCCUCUGGCUGUAGGAGCUUGUACAAUUAUGGGAGGUCAUAUUCUUCCUAUGGAGCCAGUGGCUAUGGUUUUGGGAGCUGCAGACCAUGUUAA